AUGGUGCCAGGAGCCAUCUCCGGGAGCCGGGGUGGCGGUGGCAUCCUAGGGCUGGAGGCUCAUCCCAACGGCAAUCAGGGCGAAUCGGGGCCCGUCCAGGUCCUGCUGCAGCCCCAUUUCAUAAAGGCUGACUCCCUACUGCUGACGGCCGUCAAGACGGAUGCCGGCAGCGCCAAGACCUCCAGCAUCGCCUCCCUGGCCACCAGUGCCAGCGGCUCUGCCACCCCGCUGCAGGUGCCAGCGCUGGUGAGCGGAGGGACCAUCCUGGCCACGGUGCCACUGGUGGUGGACGCCGAGAAGCUGCCCAUCAACCGGCUGGCGCCCAGCGGGAAGCCGGCCCUGGUGCAGAGCAGGGGGGAGAAGCGCACGGCGCACAACGCCAUCGAGAAACGCUACCGCUCCUCCAUCAACGACAAGAUCGUGGAGCUCAAGGACCUGGUGGUGGGCACCGAGGCCAAGCUCAACAAGUCGGCAAUCCUGAGGAAGGCGAUCGAGUACAUCCGCUUCCUGCAGCAGAGCAACCAGAAGCUGAAGCAGGAGAACCUCACCCUGAAGAUGGCCGUGCAGAAGAACCAGUCCCUGAAGGACCUGGUGGCUUCCUGCAGCAGGGGGGCGAAGGCGGAGGCCCCCAUGGAGGUGGUAAAGGCGGAGGUGAUGGAGAUGCUGACGCCGCCGCCCUCGGACGUGGGCUCACCGUCCCACAGCAGCCCGCUCUCGCUCAGCGGGGGCAGCAGCAACAGCAGCAGCGACUCGGAGCCCGACAGCCCCCUCUGCGACCACAGCAAGGUGAAGCAGGAGCGCCCGCCACCCUCGCCCAGCAGCCAGGGCAUGCUGGACCGCUCCCGCAUGGCCCUCUGCGCCUUCGUCUUCCUCUGCCUCUCCUUCAACCCCCUGGCCUCCCUCCUCCGGGGUGCCGGUGCCCCAGCCCCUGUGGGGAGCCCGGGCACCGCUGGCCCCGGCAGGAGCAUCAUGGCUGAGUCUGGCACCAUGGAGGAGCCGUGGGGGUGGUCGCAGUGGCUGUGGCCCACGCUGGCCUUCUGGGCGCUGAACGCGGCGCUGGUGCUGGGGGCGGUGGUGCAGCUCUUCGUCUGCGGGGAGCCCGUCACCCGCCCCCACUCGGAGCCCUCCGUCCUCUUCUGGCGGCACCGCCGGCAGGCCGACCUCGACCUCGACCGGCCCGCUUGGGGGACGGGACGUGGGGACCUCUAG